GUGUGUGUGCAGGAGAGAGCCUGCCGAUACGGUUGGUUCUAUAUCGGAGGGGCUGAAGGGACCUUGUGACGUAUUGAGGGGAGGAGCUACGUCACCAGGGGGAGGAGCUACGGGCGAACAGGGUACCCGAAAAGUUCGCUCGCCACGCUUCGGGCACGGUGACUCGCUCCGUUCCGCUUCGCUCACCACCUAAUUACUAAAGGUAAUAGUUGGUGGCGUGGAUAGUAGAGGAACUAUCCCGCUGGCCUAGCUCCUCCCCCUUGCGUCGUAACUCCUCCCCCUUACGGAAAAGGUCCCUUCUCCCACUCCAAAAUAGAAUCAACCCUAAUAGAAAGGACACAGGGUGGCAUAUAAGAGGUGAGAUGUCCGCUCCGGCACCGCAAGCUCACGACCGCAGUCGGAAAGCGGAGGAUGAGGAGGACCCGGUGGAUGCGAUGAUCGGCCGGACAGGCUGUACAGCCCAUCAUUACGCUGUACAGGAGUGUAUGGUGGAGCACCAGGACUGGAGGAAGUGUCAGGACCAGGUGCAGAGAUUUAAGGACUGUAUGCAGGACUAUCAGAAAAAGAGAAUGGAAGAGCUGAUGAAGAAGAGGAGCCAGCUGCAUGGAUAGGUUUCCUAGCGUUGGCCAGAUGGGACACUGGGUCAUCAGUGGCAGCAAGAUCCAGUUUUUGGGGACAUUUUAUUGAAUCAUUUUGACUAUUAAAAUAAAGGUCUCCUGCCUCAGGGAUGCGAUGCUCUGUCUGCUUGGCAAAGAUA